AAAAUUCUCAUCAAGCUAUUUCAGACAAACGGACACCAACCGAUUCAACGAAUAUAGUAGAUCAAGAUGAACCACCAAAGAAGAAACAAAGGCAAACUCGUCGUGAAACUAAACUUGAAGAAAAAGAGCUUUUAGAACCAUUGGUGACUUGUUCUGAAUAUCCAACUAGUGAUCAAAUAAAUCAGGUUGGAGAAGCAUUGGGAAAUGAAUGGGAUAAGAAUCGGAUUAAUCAAUAUAUAUCUUGUUAUAGGUGUAAUAAAAACAAUAACCAUGAAUAA